UCUAUGGUAACAACUUGUAUAUAAAUAAUAAUUUGUUGUUUAUUAAAUUCAACAUUGGUAAUAGUUUUGGAUAAACAUAUGCAGUGUAAUAAUUGUAUAAAAAAUAUAUUAAAAUGUCUUACAAUAAAUCGAAAUUACAAAAAGAGAAUAAAAAAGGAUUCAAUUCGUCUCAAAGGAAAGACUUUGAGGUGAUAAAUGCAGAGCGGAGUUCUUUACCAUUAAAUAGUCAUCUUGUAUGGAUACCAAGAAGUUCAACUAUUUCUAAGCAUGCCAAUAAUAUAGAUAGUUCGUCUAGAACAUCAACUAAAUAUGACGAGACCACAGAUAAUUUGAAUCACAGUUCAUUGCAAACAAACAAAACUUAUACCAUCGUUAAUAUAACAUCCAAUGGAUCAUCAAAAGAAAUAGUACCAAUUAAUGCAUCGGCAGAGACAAGACAAGAUAUUGUUUUUGAUAGACCACAGAAGACAAUUACAACGAAGGGAAAUGAUAGUUAUUUGAAAAAAUCGAAAUACACUACUGAUGAUUGUUCUUUAACAAUAAGAAAUGAACAAGAUGUUUUGUCUAUAACUGAUCAAUGCACGCAACUAUUAGACGACUGCUCAUUGAGGGAUCGCAUAGAAGAUGUGAUUCAAAAGGAAAAAGACUAUGAGUUUGAUAUAUUUUUUAUAAAUGAUCAACAUCAGUUAGAUGUGAAAAAAAUAAAGAUUUGAAAUUAUCUCUGGAAGUUACAGUCUAAUAAAGGGUGGAAUUUUAAAACCACAAAUAAUAUAUGUGUAUUGUAUUUGUUACUUUUUAUUAAAUAUUUUGUUUGAU